UUUGUUAUGUGAUGCAUGUCAAUUCCCAAGUAUAGCCUUGCAGGCCCGAAACCGGAUGUGCGCGUCCUUGGUGGAAUCGAAUUCUCAAAGGUUUCUGUAACUCCAAAGUCCAACCCCAAGUAGAAGCAGCACUUUUACUACGGAGCCAAGGCUCCCACUUGGUUCCAAUUGCAGCAAUGGAGGACUUGAAAGAACCCAAGAGGAAGAGAAAUGCUCAACCGUGGAAGAAGAGCAAAUUGAUCAGCAAAGAUGAGGAAGCAAUUCCCGAUAUUGAAGACAUUUUCAGCGACAAAGAAACCCAGAAAAUCAGGGAAUCAUUAUUGGACUGGUACGACCAUCACCAGAGAGACCUCCCUUGGAGGAGGAAACAAACAAACCCACUUCAAGUUGAAGAAGAAGAAGAGAAAGAGAAAAGGGCAUAUGGGGUUUGGGUAUCUGAAGUGAUGCUACAACAGACUAGAGUUCAGACUGUGAUUGAUUACUACAACCGUUGGAUGCUUAAAUGGCCCACUCUUCAGCAUCUGGCCCUCUCUUCUCUUGAGGAGGUGAAUGAGAUGUGGGCAGGUUUAGGCUAUUAUAGGCGGGCACGUUUUCUGUUAGAGGGAGCUAGAAUGAUUGUUACUAAGGGAGAUGGAUUUCCUAAUACAGUGUCUUCCUUACGGAAGGUUCCAGGAAUAGGAGAUUAUACAGCUGGUGCAAUUGCCUCUAUAGCAUUCAAAGAAGUGGUGCCUGUGGUUGAUGGGAAUGUUAUAAGGGUGCUAGCUCGGUUGAAGGCAAUUUCUGCAAAUCCAAAAGACUCAAUGACUAUCAAGAACUUUUGGAAACUAGCAACUCAACUAGUUGAUCCUUGCUGUCCUGGGGAUUUCAAUCAGUCACUGAUGGAACUUGGUGCAACUGUUUGCACUCCAUCAAACCCAAGCUGCACUUUAUGUCCUAUUUCCAGUCAAUGUCGUGCACUUUCAAUUUCCAAGCAGGAUAAGUCAGUAUUGGUUACAGAUUAUCCAACGAAGGUUGUAAAGGUGAAACAAAGACGUGAAAUUUCUGCUGUUUGUGUUGUGGAGAUAUUAGGAACCAAAGGUCCAAUUGAGGGUGACCAAUCUGAUAGUGGAUUUCUUCUUGUAAAGAGGCCAGACAAUGGUCUGCUUGCUGGUCUUUGGGAAUUCCCCACUGUCAAUAUGAGCCAAGAAGCUGAUUUAACCACAAGGAAAAAAGAAAUUGAUCACUUCCUGAAAAAAGUCUUCAGACUUGACCCGCAAAAGACAUGUAGCAUGGUUCUGAGGGAACACAUUGGAGAAUUUGUUCAUAUUUUCUCUCACAUCCGUCUCAAGGUUUAUGUGGAAUUGCUGGUAAUACAUCUUAAAGGUGGGAUGAGUGAGUUUUUUAGUAAGCACAAAAAUGAAGGUCCAAGCUGGAAAUAUGUGGAGAAGAAGGACCUUUCGAACUUAGGAUUGACAUCUGGAGUAAGGAAGGUCUACACUAUGGUUGAGAAGUUUAAACAGAGCAAGUUAUCCACUGAUUCUGCCCCAGCAAAAAAGAAAAGAACAAACAUGAGGAAACUAAGAUCGACUGGUGUGAAUUAGAUAUUGUUUGAUCAUCAUACUAGAUCAAUGAAAAAAGUUUUGUAGACUCUCUUGUCCUGAUGCCUGCUCAUAGACUGUAUACAUCAUUGUAAAUUUAUUCAGGAAAAAUUACUAUUUAGUUCCCUAUUUUAAUGAAACUAACUUUAGUCCCUUUAUUUAGUUUA